AUGGUAAUCGUGUUAUACAUCGUGAUAUUAAGAUAUAAAGUUCUAUUAUUUUAUAGGGUUUGGCUCAUCUCCAUGGUAAUCGUGUUAUACAUCGUGAUAUUAAGAUAUAAAGUUCUAUUAUUUUAUAGGGUUUGGUUCAUCUCCAUGGUAAUCGUGUUAUACAUCGUGAUAUUAAGAUAUAAAGUUCUAUUAUUUUAUAGGGUUUGGCUCAUCUCCAUGGUAAUCGUGUUAUACAUCGUGAUAUUAAGAUAUAAAGUUCUAUUAUUUUAUAGGGUUUGGCUCAUCUCCAUGGUAAUCGUGUUAUACAUCGUGAUAUUAAGAUAUAAAGUUCUAUUAUUUUAUAGGGUUUGGCUCAUCUCCAUGGUAAUCAUGUUAUACAUCGUGAUAUUAAGAUAUAAAGUUCUAUUAUUUUAUAGGGUUUGGCUCAUCUCCAUGGUAAUCGUGUUAUACAUCGUGAUAUUAAGUUAUAAAGUUCUAUUAUUUUAUAGGGUUUGGCUCAUCUCCAUGGUAAUCGUGUUAUACAUCAUGAUAUUAAGAUAUUAA